AUGCCCCCCGAUGUUGAGGACAAACUCGAGCUUGAGCAUCCAACGACAGCCGUCGACCAUCAUCUCUCACUCUCAACACACACAAACACCUUUACUCGCUUCCGCCGAGCUACACACUUCUCGACUUCCGCCAUGAAGAUCAACGCCCCCUUUGUCAUCCUCGCCACGCAGCUGGCCGCCGUCUACGCAGGCUCUGGGGUAGCCGCUCGAACCGCGAUCGAGGAAGAGUGCGGCGCCCUCGGCGUCUUCAAAUACAACCCCUCCGACCUCCAGGCCAACGAGGACCCCUCCCGCUUCCGCAAGUGCAAGGAGCACCCCAUGUUUCUCGAGGGCGUCUUCCCCGGCCCGGGCGACAACUCCGCCGGCGACGGCGAGGUGGAGGACGGCGCGGCCGGCACGUCGCCGGUGGCCAGGUCCGAGCCUCUCGGCAACAUCCUGGCGAAGCGGGAGUGCCUGAAGCCCUCGGACGCCCAUGGUGCUGGCUGGCCUGGGAAGGCGGGAAGGGGGCCUGGAGAGGCUGCCAGUCGAACAAUGAUUGCAGGCCGCUCUCGGAAUCUGGUUGCGGACAGGGCGAUUACUGCGAAUCUUGUGGCUGCUCGUGCUGAUAGCCCUCUCGAGGGGUAG